UGAGUCCGUGCAGCCAGGCUCCUCUUCGCCAGUCCUCAACUGCGAAGCGAGUCUGACGGACCGACUGGCUUUACCCUCACCUCGCUGUUUUCUCCCUGAGUGUUUCCUCUCUGCCGCUCCCGCUCUGCUGCGUCCACACCGGCCGUGAAGAUGCACCGGCACCGUCCUGCCCAGGGAUUGGCGUUGUUAGUGCCGGUCGCUAUGUGGAUUUGCAGCCAUGUCAACGCCGUGCACGGAGCUUUGCCAACAACCCAGAAGUGUGACGAGGCUCUAGCCUCCCCUUUGGCCCACACAGCCUUCACCAGCUCAUCCGUCUUCUCCAGUGGAUAUGCACCUGGAUACGCCAAGCUCAACAGGAGAGGAGGUGCAGGUGGAUGGUCUCCUCUGGACAGUGACCAUUACCAGUGGCUACAGGUGGACCUGGGUUCCAGAAAGCAAGUGAGCGCCAUAGCAACGCAGGGUCGCUACAGCAGCUCCGACUGGACAACGCGGUACCGUCUCCUCUACAGCGACACGGGAAGGAACUGGAAACCAUAUCACCAAGAUGGCAACAUUUGGGCGUUCUCUGGAAACUCCAACUCGGAGAGCGCAGUUCGCCAUGAGCUGCAGCAGGGAAUCGUGGCACGCUUCCUUAGGCUUGUCCCACUGGACUGGAGUGAGGAAGGACGGAUCGGUCUUCGCAUAGAAGUCUAUGGCUGCUCCUACUGGGCGGGUGUGAUCAACUUUGAUGGACAGGGUGUGAUCUCAUAUCGUUUUAAGGUGAAGAAGAUGAAGAUCAUUAAGGAUGUUAUUGCCCUGAGGUUCAAGACGUCAGAGAGCGAGGGUGUGAUUCUUCAUGGGGAGGGCCAACAGGGAGACUAUAUCACCCUGGAGCUUAGCAAGGCAAAGCUUCUGCUACAGAUAAACCUGGGCAGUAAUCAGUAUGGCUCUAUUCUGGGUCAUACCUCUGUGACCACCGGCAGCCUCUUGGAUGACAGUCACUGGCACUCAGUGGUGAUCGAGCGCUACCGUCGUAACGUCAACUUCACCUUGGACAGGCACACUCAGCACUUCAGGACAAAUGGAGAGUUUGACCAUCUCGAUUUGGACUACGAGUUGAGCUUCGGGGGGAUGCCGUACAGUGGGAAGCCAGUGGGAGGAGGCAGGAAGAACUUUAAAGGCUGCAUGGAAAGUAUCAACUACAACGGAGACAACAUUACAGACCUGGCUCGCCGAAAGAAGCUUGACACCUCCAGCUUUCGUAACCUGUCCUUCUCCUGCGUCGAGACCCACACCUUCCCAGUCUUUUUUAACGCCACCAGCUUCCUACAGCUGCCGGGCCGAGCCAAUCACAACACAGUAUCAGUGAGCUUCCAGUUUCGAACAUGGAACCCGGAUGGGCUCCUCCUCUUCAGUAAUCUUGAUGAUGGCACGCUGGAGAUCUCCCUUGAGGACAGCAAGGUUGUAGUUCACAUAAAUGUGACGAGGACGACCAGCAACAACCGGGUAGACCUAUCGUCAGGUUCAGGGCUUAACGACGGCCAGUGGCAUGCAAUACGUUUGGUUGCCAAGGAGAACUUUGCCAUGUUGACGAUAGAUGGCGAGGAGGCGUCUGCCGUGCGCUCCACUUCGCCUCUUGCCAUCACCACGGGAGGAACCUAUCACUUGGGAGGUUAUUUUCUCCAGACACUGUUCCCACCCUCCCAGCGGUCCUUCCAGGGGUGCAUGCAAGCGAUCUUAGUGGAUGACCAACCAGCUGAUAUGCAUGCGGUGGAAAAAGGCACUGUGGGGGCUUUUGAGAAUGUCAGCCUCGACAUGUGUGCAAUCAUCGACAGGUGCAUGCCUAAUCACUGUGAACACGGCGGCCGGUGUAAACAGACGUGGGACAUUUUCAGCUGUACCUGUGAUGGAACAGGCUACACUGGAGCCACCUGUCAUACUUCUAUCUAUGAGCCAUCGUGCGAGGCCUACAAGCAUUUGGGAAGGUCGUCUGAAACCUACUGGAUCGAUCCUGAUGGUAGUGGACCCCUCGGCCCCUUCAAAGUCAACUGCAACAUGACAGAGGACAAAGUGUGGACAACAGUUAUGAACAACCUGCCACCCAGAACCACAGUGACUGGUUCCAGCAGAGAGAGACGCACCGUCUUACAGGUUAACUACAGCGCCUCCAUGGACCAGGUGACAGCCAUCACCACCAGUGCAGAAAAAUGUGAGCAGCAAAUCGCCUACAGCUGUCGCAUGUCCAGACUGCUCAACACUCCAGAUGGGACCCCUUACACUUGGUGGGUGGGUCGGGGCAGCGAGAAGCACUUCUACUGGGGUGGCUCAUUGCCCGGCAUCCAGAAAUGUGCCUGUGGCAUCGACAGGAACUGCACUGACCCCAAGUACGACUGCAACUGUGACGCAGACAACAAACAGUGGAGAGAAGAUUCUGGUCUUCUGGUGAAUAAAGAGCAUCUGCCAGUCAGCCAGGUUGCUGUGGGUGACACCAACAGACCAGGCUCUGAGGCCAAGCUGACUGUCGGACCGCUACGUUGCCAAGGAGAUAAUAACUACUGGAACGCUGCGUCAUUCACCACCCCGUCGUCUUACCUGCACUUCGCCACCUUUCAGGGCGAGACCAGCGCCGACAUCUCCUUCUAUUUCAAGACCAGCGCACCCUACGGCGUCUUCCUGGAAAACCUGGGCAACACCGACUUCAUUCGCCUGGAACUCAAAUCUCCUAAAGUCGUCUCCUUCUCCUUCGACGUCGGAAACGGACCGGUGGAGUUGACAGUGCUUUCUGACACACCCCUCAAUGACGACCAGUGGCAUCGCGUGAUGGCCGAGCGAAACGUUAAGGAGGCAGUGCUUCAGCUGGAUCAGACGUAUCGGGCAUCUCAGCUCGCUCCAGCACAGGGGCACACACGGCUCGAACUGUUCAGCCAGCUCUACGUGGGAAAACCAGCCUCGCUCACCUGCCAAGACAGUGCUGCAGGCGGACAGAGGGGGUUCCUGGGCUGUAUUCGAGCCCUACGGAUGAACGGCAUCACCCUCGAUCUGGAAGAGAGGGCCAAGGUCACCCCUGGGGUCAAGCCCGGUUGCCAAGGCCACUGCACCAGUUUUGGGAUGUACUGCCGGAACGGCGGGAAGUGCGUGGAGAAGUACAACGGCUACUUGUGUGACUGCACCGCCACUGCCUACGACGGCCCUUUCUGCACCAGAGAUGUCGGAGGUUUCUUUGAAGCAGGAACGCUGGUCAAGUACAACUUCAUGCCUGAAGCAGUUGCGGGAGCCAGCAGGGACACAAAGAUUGUGACGCACCAGCUGACGCCGCAUGAAGUGAAUCUGACACAGGAGGAAGUGGCCUUUAGCUUCAGCACUUCCAAUGCUCCAGCCAUUCUGAUGUACGUCAGCUCCAAGACGCAGGACUAUCUGGCUGUUGUUUUAAGGCAGAAUGGUUCGCUGCAGGUGCGGUAUAACCUGGGAGGUCUGAGGGAGCCGUUUGCUAUAGAUGUGGACCAGCGUAACCUCGCCAACGGACAGCCACAUAGCAUCAACAUGUCGCGAGUCGACAGGAGCAUCACCAUCCAGCUGGACCAUUAUCCUCCUGUCAGCUACACCCUCCCCGAUGCCUCAGACACACAGUUCAACCUGGUCAAGACGCUGUUCUUGGGCAAAGUGUUUGAAACUGGACACAUAGACCCGGUCCUCAUCGAGCGCUACAACACCCCGGGCUUCGUCGGCUGCCUCUCGCGGGUACAGUUCAACGGAGUCGCCCCCCUCAAGUCCGCACUGAGAACCACCGCGCAGGCCCAGGCUACACCGACCGCCGCUCAGCCGGACAGACAACCUGAAGCCGCCUUGCCGGUGUCUUACCAGGGCAAACUGGUGGAGUCCAACUGCGGGGCGUCACCUCUAACCAUCCCACCAAUGUCUGCUGCAACAGAUCCCUGGCGUCUGGACAAGACAGAUGCAGAAUUCCCCUUCAAUGAGGAGAGAGUGAUACCUGAUGGAGUCAACAGAGACUCGGCCAUCAUUGGAGGCAUCAUCGCAGUGGUGAUCUUCACCAUCUUAUGCACUCUGGUGUUCCUCAUCCGCUACAUGUUCCGUCACAAAGGCACCUACCACACCAACGAGGCCAAGGGCAGCGGGGAGUCCGCCGGCGAAUCCGCCGACACGGCCAUCAUCGGCACGGACAACCCAGAGACCAUCGACGAAUCAAAGAAGGAGUGGUUCAUCUAACAGCAGAUUAUGGGACUUUUAGAGAGGAAGUGAUUCGUCAGACCACCAGUUGCCACAGACAUGGAGGCGGUUUAAUUCAGUGACGAAUCACAUGAGAAAUGAAUGAACGGCCAUUCAAUAGGACAAUAAUCUCCCAGAGAGGGCGGGGACGUGGGAAAGACGUGUACAGAAAUCUUUUUGUUCGUUUGUUUGUUUAAUUUUUUUUUUUUUUAUAUAUAUCCAGAGUAUUAGAAAGAGAAGAGGGACAGUUAUGCAGCGGAGCACAGCAGUAAGAGACUGUACAUGUAUAUACUAACCGGCUUGUCCUUCUUUGUAUUGUGCUUGGGAGUUUUCAGGAGUCCUUUGAAUACUGUAUAUGACAAAUAAUUAUACUUACUGGGUCGUGUGAUAGCACAGAUUUAUUGCCAGUCUCUGUUGCAUUUUGAUUUUAUUUUUUAACAAAGAAUCUUAUAUCAAAAAUGAUCAAAUCAACAUGCCAGACCCUUUUUUUUUCCCCUCAUACAUCAGGCUGCGGUUGCACCAGUCUGUCAACACUCGACAUAUCGACAUGCCACCAACAUUACCCAGCGGUAAUGUAGGGGUGAAUGUGGAUGCCAAAAAAAAUCACUUUGUAAAUACAAAAUUUUGUGUUUCUUUUUUUUCUUUUUAAAGAUUUAUUCAGAGUCCGAUACAUAAACACUAAUGAAAAAUGUCAGAUCUAUAUUACAGUGAUAUCAUAUGUCUGUCCAUUACAUUAUAUAUGUAUGAAAUAUAGAGUUUUUAUGUUCGAAUCUUAUGACAUUCGAUUGUAUGGGACAUUCCUUUCUGAGGAAGGGCAGCGAGGGGUUUCUCAGAGCAUGAUGGGAAAUCAUGACACUCCAUUGUUGGUUCAGCUCAGCACGGCAGCUUUCUUUUAAUCUGGAAUGGGUGAAACUGGGAGCCUUUACUCAUGCAGACUUGAGUAGUCGGUUUCUUUCUUUGCCAAACACUUGAGUCUUACGUCAUUUACCGAUGAAUUCAGAUAUUUGUUACAUUGAGAGUUAGAUUUUCAGUUUGACAUUUUUGACAUCUUGGACCGACGCUGGGUAGUGGGUUUACAGUGCAUGAAUGCACCUGCGCAUAUGUGUGUAGGUCAGAUGAAUAGGAUUUGUUUUGCUGCACAGACAGAUAGGAAAAGAUAGGAAAGUCUUUCCAACUUUGGAAAGUUACACAGAUGAGAGCAGACUUCUUUCCUGACACUUGAUUAGCUGUGUUGAUGCGCUAAACUCCAUGUAUUAGGUCGGUUAGCAGAAUUUAACAAAUAAAAUCAUUGACACCUAAUAUUUGUUCAAGACCCGUGAGUUAAGUGAUAAUUGGCUUACUAAUCCAUUGUGUGCCUUCAAGGUGUCGAGCCAUGAUGUCACCUUGGCCCUGAUGACUUAACACAAGCUCACUACAAAUACGUGACUGCUGCUGCAUGAAUUCUCAUUAAUUAGAGUUUUCAGGCGUUUCUGUUCCUCUUGAUUUAAGUGGUGCUGUUUUCACUUACCAAUGGCUCUCAGUCAGAGAUGAAUUCAGAAUGCUCGGAUUAAAAAAAUCCAGCAAAGUUCUCUUAUAUCCAAAAAACAGACUUUUUUUUCUUGUUUUUUUUUUUUCUUAAACAAAGCUCUGUGUGUUCUUAUGCAGACGGAUCAGCUACACUGACUUGCAGGAGAGCUGCACCCUAUACGGUACAAAAGGCGUUAACACGCUCUGUGAUGCACACGCAAAACAUGCAUGCCCGGAUAGAGCACAAGUCAAGGUUGUUUGUUCAACAACAAGAGCAAUGUGUUCAGGAGGCUGCUGCUUUGUCAACACUGAAUUGAGCUUCACUCUUACAGUGCCACUGUUGUCCUACAUACGUUCAAAAGAUGUACAAUGUAUAUUUUCUAACCAUGUUAUUUUUCCUGCCAUUGUUGGAUAUGUUUACCUUACCGUAGCAUUUACAGAACGGUGUGUUCCGCUGGAAACCAGCUGCCAACUUCGUUAUAUUUUUUUUGUUGUUGUUGUGAAUUUGCUUUACCGUGUGUCUGUCUGGUGAAACUGCUGCCAAGUCACCGUGUGUCAUGAAUGAUUUUGUACAUCCUCGUCACCUCGUGGUUGAGCGCUAACUGUAGAUCACUUCAUCGAAGACAUUAGGACAGCUGGUGAACUCAGCCUGCCUUCUUCUGCGGCCUCAAAGAAGACUUUUUCAGUCCACACGUCACAUCCAUGAAGGCAAGCGAGUGACUUUCCUUUCUUUUUUUUUGAAUAAUUAUAUUACUCGGACUAUACAUAAACACGCACACACAUUCUUGACAUGUGGUUAGAGCGUAGCGACGAUGGUAAUGGAUUAUCAGCUCCAACAGACAAAACCAUAACCCAUAUGUUUUACUUUCAGUUCUGUUGAGUUCAAUAAAGAGUGUUUGAUCUUUGA